AUGGCCGGACGUCAACAAAAACAAGGCUUCAUGAGCGCUUAUUCGCCAAUAAGCAAGCGCGAACAUGAAGCCGAUGAUGACAAUGAUGUAAACGACGUCUAUGAAGAGACACCUUCAGCUGGUGGAUGCGCCUUCUUUAGGUCCUUUUGCUUCGGAUGGAAUGGCGAAAAUGGCGGAGAAGAGAGUCAACUAUUGCAAGGCGGAGAAGUGGAGAAGGAGAUAUGGUUGGUGAAGAAACUAAAGAAGUUGAAGGAGUUUUCGGAGGUUGUGGCAGGGCCGAAAUGGAAGAACUUCAUAAGAAAAAUUGGCAAGCUAUGUAAACCAAAGAAAUCUAAAACACAGUUUCAGUAUUCUCCAGAAAGCUAUGCUCUCAACUUCAAUGGCGACGACGAUGACGACGAGGAAGACUGCCAUUUGGUGCAUAGUUUUUCAACAAGAUUUGCUCCUCAAGCUUUCAAUGAUCAACAGAAAAAGGCUGUUUUGUGA